GCCAGUAAAGAGAGCAUCAACGUGUCGUCGAGGAAUGUGUGUCUGAAUAAGAGCUUCAAAAAAAAAAAUGAAAGGUAACGCCGAGAAGCUAAAUAUCAUUUCAAUUUUUUUUUUUGUUUUUUCUUUUCUCCAUUCAUAGUUAAAAACCAUUCACUUCCGAGAGAGAGAUUGGAUUUAUUCGAUUUAUUCUUAUUGUACCUAUCAUCAUCAGGGCGGAUUGAACAAUUCGAUUUCUUAUCUAAAAAAAAUAACAUUAUUAAAUGUUAGAAAACUAAUAUUCCUUCAUGGUUGCCAGGCACGAUUGUCAACAUUCUUCUCGCUAUUUCAAUCGUUUAUACCUACGGCGCCCCUUUUGAUAAACCACAAUGGCUUCCCGCGAUCGACCAGCUGACAGAAAAACGGAACCCAGGGGAGGAAAAUCCACUCGCUCGGCUCGCUAGUUUGAGCAGGGAGAGAGGCGCGUCCAACUCGGAUCAGCCGCAGUGGUGGUUCUCCAAAGACUCGAAACAUCGUGACGUGAAACAAAGCAACAGAAACUACGAGAGAUCUUCCGUCCCCUUGGUUUUACUACAGACAAAAAGCAAGUCGGAUCGUUCCGGUUCCGAGGAUAACAAAGUGAUUCCUCACAGAAGAAAGCACGCCGAGAAAAAGGAUUCCGAGGAGGAGAACUCUGACCAGGCGAGUGUUCAUGGAAAAUGGAAUGCGAAUCGUCGCGAGGAAAGUUCGUCCGAAGAAAGCGAUUCCUCCGAAUCGAACUCUCCGGACUCGAGAUCGAAUAACAGACACCAAAAGCGACGUGAACGUAAUUCGAAAGGCGAGUCACGGGAAAACGAUGACGACAAACGUUCAAGCUCGUCGGAGUCUAACGACGAUUCUGGUGAAGACGAGUUCAGGCAGUAUUUGGAGAGUUUAUCAGAGAAAGAAAAGGACUAUAAGGAAAUCAGAUACGUGCUCGAGCAUUAUCAGACGGACGAUUAUUGCAAGAAACUGUACGAAUGGAACAGAGAUAAGUAUCUGAUAUGGAAAAGGAAACUAGAAUUGAAAGAAGAAAUAUUGAGAGGGAAGGCAAAUUUAAAAGAGGAUAAGUUAUUGCUUGUUUGUAACAUACCAGAAAAUAGUGGCCAGCGUGAAAAUCAAAUAAGAAACUGUUUAACAGAUUGUUUGUCCACGAAGAACAAAUUUAACUUUACGAUAAACAUAAUCUUAAUUAAUAGACCGGAAGCUACGACUAUUAACGCAGACAACAGGAAGCACUAAUGCCGAAAAUUCCAAGAACAGUGCGAGUGGAUCAGGAGAUUCGAAUGUUCGAUCUACAACUUUAGGAACCCAGAAGGCAUCUUCUCAAUCAUCUUCACGAACUGAACCUUCUGGAGAAUCAGAAAAUCAAAAAACAACUGAAGCCUCUACUUCUAAAUUUGAAACAGCUGCCAGUGACAGUCCAUCUAGCGAUGGUAAUACUAGUAAUGAAGCAAGCAAUGCUUCAGAUAAAAAUACAGCAUCCAGCAGUGGUGCAAGUGGAUCAACUGAUUCAAAAACUCGUGAAUUUACAACUUCAGGAGCUCAUCAACCAUCUUUCCAAUCAACUUCACACACUGGAUCUUCUGAAUCAUCAAGUGACAAUGAAGGACCAAUUGAUUCAAGAGCUAGUGAAUCUACUACUUUAGAAGCUCAACAGACAACUUCUCAAUCAGCUUUACAGACCGGAGCUUCUCAAUCAUCAAGUGACAAUGAAAGAUCAACUAGUCCAGAAGCUACUUCACAAACUGGAGCUUCUGAAGCAUCAAGUAAUACUGAAGGAUCAACUGAUUCAGAAGGUAAUGAAUCUACUACCUUAGAAACUCAACAAACAACUUCUCAAUCAGCUUCACAGACUGGAGCUUCUGAAGAAUCAAAUAAUACUGAAGAAUCAACUGAUUCAGAAUCUACUACUUCAAGAGCUCAACAAACAUCUUCCCAAUCAACUUUGCAGACUGAAGCUUCUGAAGCAUCAAGUAAUACUGAAGGAUCAACUGAUUCAGAAGGUAAUGAAUCUACUACCUUAGAAACUCAACAAACAACUUCUCAAUCAACUUCAGAAAUUGAAGUUGUUGAAACAUCAAACAGUAAUGAAGAAUCCACUACCAGUGGUAGUUCAAGUAUUAAUCAAUCGACAACAUCAGAAGAAGAUAAUGAAGAAGCAGCUUCUCAAACAAAAAAUUCUCAAAUAACACAAGAACAACAGACGAUUGAAUCAUCAGUUGAUGUUGGCAGCGUUACACCUGAAACAGGCAGUGCUGUGAAUAGUAAUGAAACAUCCGCAAAUAAUAAGCAAACAGAUGCUAAUACUAGUGAAUCCAGCACAUUGGAAACUGAAGAAAUACAAAGAUCUACUGCUCCAAGCAUAGAUUCUUCCGUCAGAGGAGAAAGACAGACAUCAUCGUUAGAAAUUUCAAGUACAAAACCAGAAUCUACCUCUACCGAUAGUAAUGUUCCGAGCAAUGAAAAUGACAGUGAUAGAUUUACUGGUAACGCAAAUACACAGACAGAUUCAAACGAUUCAAAUGAAACUUCAACAUUGGAAAGCGAAGGGACGACAUCAUCUGCUUGCCAAACAGAAAAUUCCGAAGCAGGACAGACAACUGCUUCUAGUGACAAUAGUACCAGUGCUUCGAGUAGCGUAGAUGUUACAAAUAUUGAUAGAAAAUCGACUAGCAAUGAACAAGACGAUUAUAGCGUCAGCGAUAUUACAGCGGAUGGCGAGCAAACAACAGCCUCUUCAUCGCAAACUGAAAGCUCUACUGUCACGGAUGAACCGCAGGUGACUGAGACGUCGAGUCAGGAAUCGGAAGUAAGUACCAGCAGUUCCGAUGAGCAAACGGAACCAAAUGCCAGUGAAUCUUCAACGUCAAAUACACAAGCAACUUCUGUUCCUCAAACUAGAAAUUUUAGCGGAACGGGAACGGAACGAUCGACUGAAACAACACCAAGCUCGACAACUCCCACUGUUGAUACAUUGAAUAUUACGAUUAUUAUUAACGAUGAUAAUGGAACAACAGGUUCUAAUGCUGACGAAUCAACAAUAGGAUCAACUGUAGGAGAAGAAAGUGGUGUCUCUACUGAUUUAGAACUUACAACUGAAGAGCCAUCUUCAGAACCAGAAGCAACAGUAACCGAUGCAUCGACUACUCUAAGCAAUGAAGAGACUUCCACCGACGAGUUUACCUCUGCAUCUGAAGCAGAAGGAUCGAGUGGAACAUCGGACACAGGGGAAUCGGAACAAGCUUCCGCAUCGAGUAGCAGUACUUUGCGAAAUGACGAAACAUCUACGAGUACCAGCGAGACAGAUCCAAGUACUGACGAACCUACAACUUUGAAAGAUACUGAAACAGAAUCAUCCAUCACUGAAGAAGCAAACACAACGGAAGCGGCACAAAAGAUUGGACUACAAAUCGUUGUUACCGAUGCCGACGGCACUGUGUCGACUUACUUCAUCGAACUUGAUAAUAUUAACGCGGACAAUAUCUUGAACAUUAUUAAUGGCAAUAGACAAGCGGAGCCAAGUAUCAAUGAGCCUAUCACCGUGGGAAACGUCGAUGUGUAUAAUACUGUCACUUCAGAAGCAGUUGCAUGA